AUGUCGCCUGGGCCCUAUCCACUUGGAUCCAACGAUACUGGAGCCAAGAAAAGGAAAAGGAAGAGAUCAAAAAGAGCAAGCAAUGAGGGUCAGGAAAGAAGUGCCGAUACAAACACAAACAGAGUAAACAAAAAGGUGAAAUUUUAUGAGAUAGAGGAUUCUGAACAAACCAGAGAUGCCAACACAACUAUAAAUGGCACAGCUAAACUUGGCUAUGAAGGUACACCUGAGUCAAAUAGCGAAGGUAUAAGCAGAGAACAAGAAUUCCAGUCACGAACAGAUUAUAAAGCUGAUACUGAACCCGAGGUCCCUAAAAGAGAUGAGCAAACGGAAACUCCCAAGCCAAAACCUCAAUUAAUGAGGCUGAACGGGCCAAAGAAAACCCGCAAAAAUGUCUUUUACGAUGAUCAAGAUGAUGACGAGGACAAUGACAGUUCAUCAUACCAGAUAGAUCGCACAACUCCAAGAGCUGUCAUCGAGCGAAGGGCCCGUGAGUUGCUCGAGGUGAGAAAGUCACUUCCUAUUUAUCAGCACAAGGAUAAGAUUGUGCAAUACGUGCAGCAAAACCAGGUUGUUGUUGUGAUUGGUGAGACUGGAUCGGGUAAGUCUACGCAGAUACCGCAGUUUUUGAUACCUCUUAACAAGAAGCGUGUGGCCGUCACACAGCCACGUAGAGUCGCCGCUGCAUCUUUAGCAACAAGGGUCAGCGACGAGUUUGGCUGUCGGUUGGGCGAAGAGAUUGGGUAUCAGGUAAGAUUCUCGAACGUCACUUCGCAUAGCACUAAGGUGAAUUACCUAACUGAUGGUAUGUUGAUCAGGGAAAUAAUGUUGGACGACAAGCUAUCACGAUACAGUACUAUUGUCAUCGACGAAGCUCACGAACGAACAGUCCUUACAGAUCUUACUUUGGGCUACUUGAAGCAAUUGAUACGAAGCGGGAAGAGAAAAGACCUCAAUGUGAUUGUCAUGUCUGCUACAUUGAACGCUGAGCUCUUCAGCAAAUUCUUUGACUACGCUCCGAUUUUGUAUGUCGAAGGUAGAAUGUACCCCGUGUCGAAGCAUUACCUUACCACUUCAUCAGAAGAUAUCGUGGACACCAUGGUUAGAACAAUUGUUCAACUAAACAUGUCAGAACAGGAGGGUGACAUCCUUUGCUUUUUGCCAGGUCAGGAGGAGAUUGACAACUGUGUCACAAUAUUGAAUACUUUAGCUACUCAAUUGCCCAAAGAAGCACCAAUGAUUGUUGCUUUACCCCUCUACGCAGCAUUAUCGCCUGCUCAGCAGAUCAAAAUUUUCGAAAAAUUGAGUCCAAGAAAGCGAAAGGUCAUUUUGGCAACCAACAUUGCCGAGACUUCUAUUACCGUCAGUGGUGUGAAAUUUGUUAUAGAUUCGGGAUUAAGAAAGGUGAAGGUCUGGAGACACCUGCUUGGAUUAUCUACCUUGCUCACUACGCCAAUAUCUCAGGCAUCUGCCAAGCAGAGAGCCGGUAGAGCUGGUAGAGAAAGCGAGGGUAAGGCUUUUCGUCUCUAUUCUGAGAGAGUCUUCUUAAAUAAGCUUCCAAAACAACAGGAGCCUGAAAUAGUCAGGAAUGACAUAAUACUUCCUGUAUUGACUUUGAAGAAGAUGGGAAUUGAUGAUCUACUCAACUGGACAUGGCUUGAGCACCCAGGAAAAGAGGCCAUAUUGGGUGCUCUACAUACAUUGCACUUUUUGGGUGCGCUAAAUGAAACUGGCCAUCUCACUCCAUUGGGAUAUAAGAUGGCAGUUUUGCCAUUAGCACCUGCUCUUUCGGCAGUGCUUAUUUCUGCAUUUGAUCAUAAAGUUUUGCAAGAGGUUAUUGAUAUUGUUUCAUGCCUCUCCGUUGAUAAUUUCAUUCUCAAUGUGACUGGAAAUGGUGACUUGAGAGACGAGGUGAAUCACAAGAGAAGACAAUUCUGUCCUUUGGGUUCCAAGCAAGGUGAUCUCAUUGCAUUGAAGGAAUACUUUGAUUACUUUAAGAGUCUAGAUGACUCAAAGAAUACGGCCGAAGCAAAGAUGUGGUGUAAAGAAUUGUUCUUCAGUUAUAAGGGUUUCAAGAAUGUAAUGCGAGUCAGACGUCAGAUAAUGGAUUACAUGACCUCAACAAUCAAGCAGGAUGACUCUAUUACACAAGUGGAAAAGGACAAGCAGCUCAAAGAGCUCCAACGUCACCUCAAUCUUGGUAAGUAUCACGAGGAGGAUGAUGAUGAAGGUGAUUUUAAGGAGCUUUCAAAGUCUUUGGAUGUUCCCUCCAUUCUCAAAUCAUUCCUCAAGGGUUAUGCAUUAAACACAGCAAUUGGAAUGCCAGAUAGAUCUUUCCGAACUUGCUCCACAGGUCAACUAAUCAGCAUACAUCCGUCGUCCAACCUAUUCGGUAUGCCGAAUAUCGAUGCAAUUAUGUACAUUGAGUUUGUCUACACAGCCAAAGCAUACGGAAGGAACUGCUCCAAAAUUGAGCUUGCGUGGCUUCAAGAAGUUGCUCCUCACCUUCUACGAGGCGCUAAAGUCAGCAUCAAUGCCUAA